AUGGCAUCCCUUAACUCCCUGAUACUCUGCGCGCUCCUCGUGACGGCCACCGUGAGUUCCCUCGCCGCGGCGGCCAACCUCUACAAGGUCGGCGACGCCGACGGCUGGCGAGUCCCGGGGCAGAACGACUCCGACAUGUACGCAGCCUGGGCCGACAAGCACGUCUUUCACGUCGGCGACUCCAUCGUUUUCGAGUACAAGAACGACUCGGUGCUGAGAUCGAGCAAAACAGAGUACUACCACUGCAACGAGACGGCCGGCGGGCCGACGCCGAAGGACGGGACCACCGUCUUCGUGCUUGACCAACCCGGGUUCUACUACUACGUCAGCAGCGACGUCGAGCACUGCAAGAGAGGGCAGAGGGUGAUGAUACGGGCCGUGGACGGCGGCAUUAGUCCGGCCACUGAUAUCGCUGCGGCGCCUGCGCCGGCGCCGGAUUCGAGUUCGACGGUGUCGUGGAGAAUGGCACCGAUUCAUGAGUUGGCGGCACUAAUUAGCGCCUUGAUCUUCGUGGCUUGCUCGUAG